UGUUUCGGCCGAUGGUUUUGCCUGCCCGCCGCUUAUUAUUUUAAGCGCAAAGCAAGCUUUACUACGCUGGUUUGGUACUAUUAAAGAGGACGAGCACCUAGCUAUAACUGAUACUGGCUAUAUCAAUGACACCUUAGCCUAU